AUCAAAUGUUAACACUUAACAGUGUCCCCACAUAGGAAGGAAGUUUCGCGAGAAAAAAGACGUAAUACUACUUUCUUCUUCUUUUCCAUUCCAUUAAUAUAUCUUCUUUUUUUCGUUUCAUUCCUUUUCUACUUCCUCCCGAACCUUCUAGAACUAUCACACCAUAAUACAAUUUCUUGUUGCCAUGGCCCCCUCGGCCGAACACAACGCCGAUUCCUCCACCGCCGACUCUCAGAGAUCCUCUCCAACGCCGUUUCUCAUCAAGACCUACGACCUCGUCGACGACCGUACCAUAGACGACGUUAUUUCCUGGAACGAUACCGGAACAACCUUCAUCGUCUGGAACCCUACCGUUUUUGCUAAGGAUUUGCUUCCAAAAUAUUUCAAGCACAACAAUUUCUCGAGCUUCGUUCGCCAACUCAACACUUAUGGAUUUAAAAAAGUUGUACCUGAUCGGUGGGAAUUUUAUAACGAUUGUUUUAAAAGAGGCGAGAAACGGCUUCUCUGUGAUAUUCAGCGACGGAAAAUUGUUUCAGCAUCUCCGUUGCCGUUGACUGCGAUUUCGACGAUGAAGAAGAUCGUAUCGCCGUCGAACUCAGGGGAGGAGCAGGUGAUUUCAUCGAACUCGUCGCCGUCGAUUGCGCCAGCGGAUCUUUUGGACGAGAACGAGAGGCUGAGAAAGGAGAACAUGCAAUUGAAGAAGGAACUAGAUGCAAUGAAAUCGCUUUGCAACAAAAUAUUAAAUCUUAUGUCGAGUUAUGGAAAAUUCCAAUCGGAAGAAAGAAAAGAGUGCUGUUCCACGGCGACGAAGACGCUUAAUUUGCUGCCGGCGAAGCGGUGCAACGGUGAAGAUGCAGCGGCGGAAGAUAGAAAUCCGAAGCUGUUUGGGGUGGCGAUUGGUACGAAGCGAGCGAGAGGAGAAGGACGGUGUUUUGAUGAUGAUACAGUGUUGAGCCUUCAUCAACCGGUUCAUGCGGACGUGAAAUAAAAAACCGUACGAUUCACGAAACGGUGAAAAGAGUAAAUCGCUGUGGCUAAAUAAAUGUUAUAGAUCCAAUCAGAGCGUCUGUAAUUGACACUUAGCGUUGUAUGAUUAGGGAACAUGUUAGGCUAAGUUAGGGGCGGCGUAGACUAUCUCAGUCGUUAAGAACGGAGACGCACGUUUCAGGGGUUUCAUGUGCGUCGUUAACCGUAUGGGACAGUUUUCGGAGAAACUUCUCACAAGAAAACGAUAUUUUUUCAUCGUUUUUCAUUUCUCGUAUUUUUUAUUUGUUUUUUAUUAUAUUUACUUACACUACUGUAUUGGGCUUGAUUCAUUUUCCCUUGAUGUUUGGUGUUUAUUUUUCAUUC